AUGGCACAGGGUCUUUUUAAUUUACGAGAUUGGCAGACCAAUGCAUCUGAUUUGAAUAAUAAUUCUGAUAAGAAAGAUGUGUCCGUGUUAGGUCUCAAUUGGAAUACGGAAAGUGAUACGUUAUCUUGUAAAAUUGAACCUGUUGAUUAUUCUGAACAAUUAAUUACGAAAAGAUUUGUAUUAGCAAUGGCUCAUAGGGUAUUUGAUAUUAUUGGAUAUACAGCUCCUGUUAUGUUGUUACCUAAGAUAAUUUUGCAGGAGACUUGGAAUUUAAAAUUAAGUUGGAAUGAUGAAAUUCCAGAUAAUUUGGCAAAGAGAUUUAAACUCUGGCUCUCUCAGUUACAUUUAUUAGAGGACAUUAAGAUUCCUAGAUGGCUAGAAUAUGAACCAUCUAAUGUUGUUUUAAGUGUAGAUGAACUUUGUAAAGCUGAAAUUUCUCUGAUGUUAUUAAUUCAAAAGGAUGGUUUUAAAGAUGUAAAUGAUAAUAAACUUAAGCAAUUAAGACCAUUUGUUGACCAAAAUGGUGUUAUAAGAGCUAAAACCAACCUUGAUUAUCGUGAUGAUACAUCAGAUUUCAUCCAUCCUAUUAUUUUACCUAAUAAUCAUCCUGUAGUAAAAUUGUUAAUUUUAAGUUAUCAUGUUGAUUAUUUACAUGCUGGUAUUUCUCUUUUGAUGUCUCACUUAAGAGAAAAAUAUUGGAUUUUGAAAAGUCGAAAGACUAUUCGUAAUUGUAUUAAGCAUUGUGUGAAAUGUCAAAGAUUUAAAGUUAAAAGAUGUGAAGUUAUGCCAGGAAUUUUACCUAGUGAUCGAGUAAAUGAUGCCGCAGUAUUUGAGAUAAUAGGGGUUGACCUAGCAGGUCCACUGUACCUUAAAGAUAAAAGAAAAGCAUACAUAGUUCUUUAUACGUGUGCAGUGUAUCGUGCAGUACACUUAGAAUUAGUAACCCUUUUGACGACCGAAGCAUAUUUUCAGUCCUUAAGACGAUUUAUUGCGCGACGAGGCAGACCCUCAGUUAUAUAUUCCGAUAAUGGAACAAAUUUCGUCGGCGCAGAAAAAGCUCUUCGUUUAAUAGAUUGGGAUAAAUUGAGCUCAAAGGUUGCAGAACAAAAAAUACGCUUUAAGUUCAAUCCUCCUUCAGCAAGUUGGUGGGGGGGUUGGUGGGAGCGCUUAAUCCAGAUGGUGAAACAAAUCUUACGUAAAAUAUUAGGACGCGCUACGCUCAACUAUGAGGAGUUACUCACUCUCCUUUGUGAUUGUGAAAGAAUAAUAAAUACGAGGCCCCUCACUUACGUAUCCGAAGACGUGGCCGAUAUUUCACCAUUAACUCCCGAAAUGUUCUUGCACGAGAUACCUUCCUCAGGUGUAGUAGAUAUUGAUCAGGUAGAUAAGAAAAAUUUAAGUAAACGAGCUAAAUAUCUCCAAAAAAUAAGAGAAUUACUUAGAGCUAGAUUUAGGACUGAAUAUUUAGGGCAAUUACGCCAACAAUCGUUAAGAGAUUAUAAGGAUAAACCGUUAAAAGUCGGGGAAAUAGUUUUAGUCGAAGAUAUUAAUAAGAAGCGGACAUUUUGGAAUUUAGCUAAGGUAUUAAAGGUAAUUCCUGGCAGAGAUGGUCACACAAGAGUAGCCCUUGUAAAGACAGAAAAUUCAGAAAUUUUAAGGCCAGUUCAAAGACUGUUUAGAUUAGAGCUGGAAAAUGAGUAUGUUGAUGUAACAGGAAAAUCAUUGAAAAUAAGUAGCAGUGGAAGAAUUGUUAAACCUACUGUUCAGUAA